UCUCUCUCUCUGGCUGUCUCCUUCUGCGACUGCAAGCACUCUUACGACUUGACCGGUUGCCCCCACUCGCCGGCGGACUCAUCAUCGCUCCAGCGCCCGUUAGCUCCACCCGUCCGGACAAACAAUCAAGCCUACAUUCAACACACACACAUACACACACACACAGCCCGUCUGCAGCGUAGACAGGUAAACGCCCUGCUGCAUUCCAUCAAGCAUCUUCUCUUCACUUUCACUCAUGCUCGUCCAGCUCCCAUCGGCACACUCAAACUGACGUCACUUUCGCCCAAACGCCAGUCGGACAUGUCCUGUUUCCCAUCCAUUCCCAAAUGUUCUCUCUUGCCCAUCGACUCCCAACCGUUCUCUCCUCCUCUUGGCCUAGCGACAAAAUAUAUACUCUCUUGGCUCGCCUCCCCUCCCCUUCUCUCCUCUCCUCUCCUCUCCUCUCCUCUUCUCUCCCAUCAUGCAUGCUCUCUCUUUUCUCUUUUUUCUUUUUUCUUUUCUCUUUUCUCUUUUCUCUACUUGAACCGUCGACAUUGUCUUUUAGCCGCUUUCUCGCUCACCAAAUUACAUGCUGCCUCCGCCGCAGCUUGUGACUUGAACAAGUUUUGCGCUUCCGCUGGUCGCUCGGCUGGUCGGCUGGUCGGCUGGACGGCUGGCCGGCUGGCCGGUUGGCCGGUUGGCGGGUUGGCGGGUUGGCGGCUCGGACGGCCAGUCGUGUCUGCGACGGCCUCGAGUUUGGCUGUCAGACGCGAAGUGGGUCGGUGGCGGGGCUCAACUGUUAAAUAA